AUGAAGAUGAAUAGCAACGAUGAACAACAUAGAACGGUGUCGUUUUAUCGAAAAAACAUCGUGAAAGCUACUGUUUUCGUCGUAGUUUCUCUGUUCAUAUCAGCUGCUCUCUUGAAUAUUAAGGGCUAUCUCGAUUUUAAUGCUUUUGCAGGUUUCAAACUGAUGAUGACACAGAAAAAAGAACCAAAAUUCCCAGACCGAUGCGACGUCGUAGAGAAACAAUCACAUCAAGUUCCUCUCGCUCAGAAUCGGGCAUCGAGAGUAAAUCCCAGCCGUUUAAAACCAUCCACGUGUCCUUCUUACUUUCGUUGGAUUCACGAGGAUCUACGGCCGUGGAAAGAAACGGGGAUAACCAGAGAUAUGAUUGAGAAAGCAAGCAGGACGGCGCAUUUUAGACUGGUGAUCCACAACGGCAAGGCGUACGUUAAGAGAUACAGAAAAUCGAUUCAAACCAGAGAUGAUUUUACUCUGUGGGGCAUCGUACAGCUGUUACGGUGGUACCCCGGGAGAUUACCGGAUCUGGAGCUAAUGUUCGACGCAGACGAUCGUCCCGUCGUCCGAUCUGAUGACUUUAGAGGUCAAAACAAAAAAGUAGCACCUCCACUUUUCCGUUACUGCUCCGAUGAUGCCAGCUUGGAUAUCGUCUUCCCUGAUUGGUCCUUCUGGGGCUGGGCUGAAGUGAAUAUAAAGCCAUGGGGUAAAUCGCUGGAGGCAAUAAAACAAGGGAAUAAUAUGACGCAAUGGAAGGACCGCGUGGCGUACGCUUAUUGGAGAGGCAACCCAUAUGUGGACCCCGCAAGAGGAGAUCUUCUCAAGUGUAAUGUUUCUGAACAUCAAGGCUGGAAUACUCGCCUUUAUAUUCAGGAUUGGGAUAACGAAACAAAAGAAGGAUUCAAGAACUCAAAUCUAGAGAACCAAUGCACCCACAGAUACAAGAUAUACAUAGAAGGAUGGGCAUGGUCGGUUAGUGAGAAAUAUAUAAUGGCGUGCGAUUCGAUGACAUUAUACGUAAAACCAAGAUUCUACGAUUUCUACAUAAGAGGAAUGAUGCCAUUGCAACACUAUUGGCCCAUCAGAGACGACUCCAAGUGUACGUCUCUCAAAUUCGCCGUACAUUGGGGCAAUACCCACGUGGACAAGGCGCGUGAGAUCGGAGAGGUAGGAAGUAGAUUUAUAAGAGAGGAGGUGAACAUGAAGUAUGUGUAUGACUACAUGUUUCAUUUGCUCAGUGAGUAUGCGAAGCUCUUGAAAUUUAAGCCGGAGAUUCCUUUGAAUGCUGAGGAGAUCACGCCGGAUAGUAUGGGAUGUCCCGCGACUGGACGGUGGAGAGAUUUCAUGGCGGAGUCUAUGGUAAUGUCUCCAAGUGAAGAGUUUCCAUGUGAGAUGCUUCCUCCUUAUGACCUUCUAGCUUUAAAAGAGGUCCUUGAGCGCAAAGCUAAUUUAACACGUCAAGUUGAGUUGUGGGAAGACCAAUACUUUCAUGAUUUGACCAACAAACCUUAG